CUUUAUUUCCUCACCUAUCACACAAGCACUACGCCAAGGCUGCCAAGGGCGCCUAGGUGAGGGGUAAGGGGGCACCAGAGCCAACGCGCCUAAGAUAGGUGCAGACAGAAAUCUGUUGGUAAUUUACAGUCACGGACGAAGGUCCGUCGCCGCGAUGAUAGGAAGAUAAAUAGGUAGCCCUAGAAGAAGACAGGAUGACUCAGGAGGGCGAGAGCACAACAGCAGGCCUUACUAAAUUCUCAAUUGGAUCAAACCGCAGUUCCAAGCUGCCCUCCUUGCGUGAACACCUUCUGACCUUUUGCUGCAUCACGUCUUGGAUCCGCGUUUUGAGUGUAAUAAAAAUGUUCAGGUCUGCCGGCAUAUCGGCGAGUAAUUCCCAGCAGACGCAAAUCGUCAAGCUUGAAGCUCUUGACGCGUCACAGUCGUAUUUCUCUCAAGUUCCCAACUUCAACCCGAACGAUGACGCUGGUUUCGAGGAAGAGUUCGGCCGUUUCGCGUCGUCACAGAAUAUAACCCCAGGUUCAAGUGCCUGGCGGCAGCAUCGCACAAAGGCAAUUCGCCAUGAGAUGAUAUUCCAUUAUUCGCAACAAGUCAAAUCCGAUGACGAUGAAGUUAGUGACGACGACAAGGUGAAGAAGGAACAUGGCGCUCCAGCCGGCUUCGGCAAAAAGAAGACGCCACAGCGGAAGCUCCAGGUAUACCAGAACAUGUGCCGCGAGGUUGGUCUUGAACCGCUCGAUACGAUCGAUGGAUGUGUGGCGAAUCUCAAAAGCCAGCUGGUGAAUAUCGUCGACUAUAUCGACGCUAAGCGACACGGCAGCGCGGUCGUGGUGUGGGAGCCGGAGAGGUUCGAAGAGUUUAAGCGCUAUACGCUCGCUCCCAGUAAGCGAAUCGACCAAAAGGAAGCCAGAAGAGGGGAUGGUUUCCUCGCAGCUCUGUUACAAAAUCUCAGAAGCUCAGACGCUGCCAACACGUACAAAAGACGGCGAGACAUUGCAGUGGUGGCCAGGGACCGACACACAAAUCGCGUCUCAAGGGGCAUCUCUGGCCCGCGGAAUACAACACGACCGUUCGCCAUCAAGCAAGAAUUACACCUGGGUGCCACAAACAAAGGCGUGAAACAGGAAUCCGAAGUGGAUUACAUUCAUGGGUUGGAGUCGAAUUUCACGUCACCCGAGCGGAACCUCGAAAACGAUCCGGACACAGAUGGGAAAUAUGAGGGCUUUUCUAUUCACAACUCGGAAUCUAGUCUCUCAUUACCUCAAUGGACCAUCGGAGAGGGCACUACCGACACACGCGCAGGCAGCCCCACUAGCAGCAUCGCAUCUUUGGGGCCUGAUGAGAUCCCACCCUCCUCGCAGAAAAGGGCCAAGCGUAAGCUACAUGCCUCGACACAAGUCGAGGAUUCUUCUUCCCAAGACGCACUCGCCUCAAGACCUGGGUUUAAGCGUUCCCGGACACAAGGUCUCUAGAGCUAGAUAUCUGGAUAAAAUCUAGGUGUUGAUUUGGCACAUUAUGUAGUUUUAGAUGAGACAACUAUUUCCUAUUGUCGCGUAAAACGUAGACGCCUACAUUUACGCUGUGCGGUAUGGAGGCAUAUAAAGGCUGGUUCAAUUGCUACGUGACACCUAUAUAAAGCCGUACCGUCAAUGACCUGU